AGACUGGGGAAUCCCACCCGGCUCCUGAGCAAGGCCACUCUCUGCCUGCCACAUCAAAGGCAGAUUGAGGGUCUGCCAGUGGCACUGAUGCAGCCCUGGCCUGCAGUUGCCUGCUGAAGAGGGGUCCUGACUGGCCAUGGGCUGCCCAGGCCAGGGUGGGCAGGGGCUGCCUGUGCCCAUCACCAGCCAUGCAGUUUCAGGGGGAGUGGUUUGUCCUCGGUCUGGCAGACAACACCUACAAGAGAGAGCACCGGCCUUUGCUGCAUUCCUUUAUCACGCUGUUCAAGCUGAGAGACAACAGUGAGUUUCAGGUGACCAACUCCAUGACUCGGGGCAAGCAUUGCAGCACUUGGUCCUAUACCCUGAUCCCAACAAACAAGCCUGGGCAAUUCACCAGGGACAACAGAGGGUCAGGGCCUGGGGCAGACAAAGAAAACAUACAGGUCAUAGAGACAGACUACGUCAAGUUCGCCCUGGUGCUGUCCCUCAGACAGGCAAGCAACCAGAACAUCACCAGGGUCAGCCUUCUGGGUAGAGACUGGAAGAUAACUCAUAAGACAAUAGACAGGUUCAUCUGCCUGACCAAGACCCAAAACCUCACAAAGAACAACCUUCUCUUCCCUGAUUUAACUGGUAAUGGGUUUGUAUGCAGAGGACUGGUUACUGGAUCCAAAAGUCUGCUGAAGAAGGAAACAGUUCCUGCCAGUAAAGCCUCAGCCUGCCAUUGCUCUCAACAUAAAUAAACAC